AUGACCAAAAAUAAGGAAAAUGAUCACGAAAAGAGCAACCAUAUUAUAUUACGAAGUAAUGACCAUGUCAGUUCUGCUGAUACUCCCAUAUCUAAAUCGGAUGAUGAUACCAGAGAAAUCAGACCCAAAGGGGUAGUCUUAAACUAUCACCAACCUCUAGUUAAUACUACCUCUAUCGAAACGGAAAAUUCUAACGAUAAUCCUGAACAGACAAACUUACGCUGUGAUGAUACUCUUGCAACUAAUAUAUUUGACAACACUUCAAAUUCUGGUGUAUAUCAGGAGCUUUCAUCCCAAUACCCCGCAUCACCUAUUCGCACAGAGAGUAAAUCAUUGGAAGAUAAGGAAGUCGAUGAAUCCCUGAAUUCAACGUAUAGGGAAAAAGUUAGUAACGAGAUAAUUCAGAGCAUUAAGGAGAAGAGGCUUCGAGAACAAGAGACAAUCAUAACUUCCCAGGAUACUGUCCCUAUCAUCACCCGUGAACAAGGCUUUAUUCAGGAAUUAUCUGCAGGUAACAGUUACAAUAAUGCAUCUCCAUCUGUCCAAGAUCAUAACUCCAUAUCUCUGGAUCAUAUAACUGAAAUUUCGCUAACCCCGGUCAGUAAAAAUAUUGAGGAAAAAAAUCCUAUAACUAUACUUUCAGUAUCAAGAA